GGAACUCAUGCACAAUGACUUAAUCCGCCGCAGGUGCCGGUAACGCAGUCAGCAUGUCUGCUCCUUCUUCCUUGAGCCACAACGCCCCGACGGGCCCGUGCGCGGUGUGCGGCGCGGAGGGCCGGCCGUGCUCGCGCUGCCGGCUGCACUACUACUGCGGCACGCAGCACCAGCGGCAGCACUGGGCCAAGCACCGCCACGGCUGCGGCAGCGUGGCGCUGCGCGGCCGGUACGUGGUGGCCACCAAGGACAUCCCCGCCGAGACGAUCGUCUUGAGGGAAAUCCCGCUCGUCAUUUACCCCGACUCGCCGAAGCCCGGACUCCCGUUCUUUGAGAAGCUGUGCCUGGGCUGCUUCGGGGUGCUGACUGGGCGGGGCGGCAAGGUGCAGUGCCGGCGCUGCGGGCUGCCCGUGUGCAGUGAGGCCUGCAGCAAGGAGGCGGCCCACGCGCCCGAGUGCCACGCCUUCCAGCGCGCCAAGUACAGGGUGUCGGCGGCUGAGGUUCGGGGGCAGAGCAUCGUCAUCUUGACGGCAGUGGGCGCGCUGCGCACUGCUCUGGUUGCGCAAACCGAGCCCCGCCUGAAGAACCUGGAGUGCACCUUGAACUUGGACGCCGAGGGCAUGCUGGUGCUGCCCGAGGCCAAGGAGUGGGCGGAGGUGCACGGCGCCAUGAACAAGACGGCGGUGGCCUGGCUGCGGCGGACCGUGGGCAUCUCCUGGCUGACCGAGGAAGAGCUGCUGCGCGCCGCGCUCGUCAACCUGCUGCACGGCGACUGCGUCCGGGACGAGACGCCCGAGCGCUUCGGCAGGGCCGGCCUCAAGGCUCUUACAUUAUUCUCCAUAGGGCCUUACAGUAUUCUCCGUAGGACCGCACAGUCAUCUCCGUAG